UGACGUUUGCAAAUGACAUUGACAUUUGUGUUUGGAAGCGGCGGUGCUUGUCUGUGCGUGCCGUGCUUCUAAAAAUUGGAUUUUUGGUGAAUUAGAUCGUUAUAAAUCUUUAAAAAUGGCUUCGUUAGCAGCCGCUCAAGUGCAAGAGGUGCGUUCUAUAACGCGCAUAGAACGAAUCGGCGCUCAUUCACAUAUAAGAGGCCUCGGUCUAGAUGAUUCUCUUGAGCCUAGGGCGGUGUCUCAGGGCAUGGUUGGCCAGAAGAUGGCCAGGAAGGCCGCUGGGGUCAUUCUGCAGAUGAUCCGAGAAGGGAAGAUAGCUGGCCGAGCGGUGCUAUUAGCCGGCCAACCCGGCACGGGCAAGACUGCCAUUGCUAUGGGCCUAGCGCAGGCACUGGGCCCCGAUACUCCGUUCACUAGCAUGGCUGGUUCCGAAAUAUUUUCUCUUGAGAUGAGCAAGACCGAGGCUCUCACACAGGCAAUCAGGAAAUCUAUUGGCAUAAGAAUCAAGGAAGAAUCAGAGAUAAUAGAGGGCGAAGUCGUCGAAGUCGUUAUAGAGAGAGCGGCCGGCGGCGGCGGCGCUAGAGUCGGAAGACUGACGCUGAAGACCACAGACAUGGAAACCAACUACGAUAUGGGGACGAAGAUGAUCGACUCGCUGUUGAAGGAAAAGGUUCAAGCCGGUGACGUCAUAACCAUAGACAAAGCCACGGGGAAGAUCAACAAACUAGGAAGGAGUUUUGCGCGCGCCAGAGACUAUGAUGCCACUGGCCAGCAAGCACGCUUCGUGCAAUGUCCCGAAGGUGAAUUGCAGAAGCGUAAGGAAGUUGUUCAUACGGUCACCCUUCACGAGGUGGAUGUUAUCAACUCUCGCACACAUGGAUUCCUGGCUUUGUUCUCUGGCGACACUGGCGAAAUAAAGUCGGAGGUUCGCGAACAAAUCAAUAGUAAAGUUGCGGAGUGGCGCGAGGAGGGAAAGGCCGAAAUGAUUCCUGGAGUGCUCUUCAUUGACGAGGCUCACAUGUUAGACAUCGAGUGUUUUUCGUUCCUCAACCGGGCGCUCGAAUCCGAGACCGCUCCAGUCGUCAUCAUGGCCACCAACCGCGGUAUUACGCGUAUCCGGGGCACCAACUACCAGAGUCCACACGGCAUCCCACUGGAUCUACUGGACAGGAUGAUCAUCGUCCCCACCACGCCAUACUCGCACCAGGAACUCCGAGAAAUACUCAACAUCAGGUGCGAAGAAGAAGACUGUCAAAUGUCAGCCGAUGCCCUGACGGUUCUGACUCGUGUGGCCACUGAGACCUCACUCCGUUACGCUAUACAACUCAUCACCACUGCCUCUCUCGUUGCUAAACGCAGGAAAGCCUCCGAGGUGAGCAUGGAAGAUGUGAAGAAGGUAUACUCCCUGUUCCUGGAUGAACACCGAUCGGAGCAGUUCCUGAAGGAAUACCAGGACGAGUUUAUGUUCAACGAUGGUGGUGGAGACGCACCACAGCUAAUGGAGAUUGCACAGUAAUCUCAAACACUCCAGUCAUUUCCAAUAAGUACGCUUUACUGUUUCGAAGAAGUACAUUUAAGUUUAUCAUAAGUGAUAGUUAAGUUUUUAUUAAUAAACAAAUUCCUACCAUAAAAUGUUUUAUUUUUC